AUGCGGUACAUAUUAUUGGAAUGGGCACCGUUUAUUUUACGUAUGAAACAUCCGAAACGUGAAAAUACAUUGGAAACAAUUAAGCAAGACUGGAAAGAUCGAAAGAGGAGGAAUGACGAUGAUCGAACUGCCUUUACUUAUAAUGAUGGACACAUGCGAGUAAUUCAAAAAAUUGGUGAUGUAUUGCGAGAAAAUUUCCAAGGUUUAAUUUUCCAUUUGAAAGUUACUCAAUACGAAAAAAAUGAUCAAAAUUUGCUACAACGCUUGAAAAUACUUGAUCGCAUUCAUAAGCAUGUUAAGGAUAUUCGUGAAAAAACCGAUGAUAUCAUUGAAGAGAAACGAAUUGCAAAUGAAUGGCGAUUUGCAGCAAUGAUUGUUGAUCGGAUCGGUUUAAUUCUAUUUUCGAUAGUGAUUGCAAUCACUUCAUUAACUAUCGCCCUGCGAGCACCCUAUCUCGUCGCCUAA